AUGAAGAGCAAAGACUAUCCCAUUUGUACGGCAUGUGGGCAGCAGUACGGCGGCUUGUCUACACCUGCCGAAUGUUUCAUUUGCCAAGACGCUCGCCAGUUUGUGCCUUCUCAUGGCCAAACGUGGACCACAUUGAAGAAGAUGAGAGAAGACAACUACAAGAAUGUCUUCACAAAGCUACCGCACAAUGGCGAACUGGAAGCCUGGUCCAUUCACACCGAACCGAAGUUUGCCAUUGGGCAGCGCGCCAUCCUCUUGUUAGAUGAGCACGAAUCAAAUACGCUAUGGGAUUGUAUCGCUUACUUGGACGAGGAGACUGUCGAUUGGAUCAAAGGACAGGGAGGCAUUGGGCGUAUUUGCAUCUCUCAUCCGCACUACUAUUCCACUGCGCUGGAUUGGGCUGCCGUCUUCGACUGCCCCAUCUUUAUCUCCAAAGCUGAUGAGAUGUGGAUCACCAGACAGCCACAGCCAGAAGAUCAGAUGGACAGGAAGAGAAGCUGGUCAUUGCUUUCCACGGAAGUAGAACCCGUGACUCAAGACUUGAGCUUUUGUCGCAUUGGUGGUCACUUUGAUGGCAGCGCUGUGCUCCACAGCAAACGCCACGAGGCCAUCUUCACAGGCGAUACAAUCUCCCUGACUCCCGCGAAUCGACGCAUUACCAUCAUGUGGUCGUACCCAAAUAUGAUUCCGCUCGAUGGCAAGACAGUAGCGGAGGUUUGCUGGCCGAGAUUGGAACGCCUGGCCUUCAGCAAUAUCUACAGCAAGUUUGUUGGAGAGGAUCUGCUGAAUGGUGGAAAGGAGAUGGUCAGAAGGUCUUUCGCGGAGUAUUGUUCCAAGCUCGAUGCGCCAACGGAUGCUUUCAAAAUGGGCAUUGAACAACUGCUUGAGUAG